UUUGGGAACCACUGCACUAGCGGUAACCAGUAACAACGCCAUGGUGGCCGCGCAACGCAUGUCGGGAAAUGUAGUCCUGUUCAUGAGCGACCGCUGCCUCGGCUAUUGCUGACGCGCGUUGCAUGCUGGGAAUUGUAGUCCGGUCUAUGCGCUGGGCUGGCGGUCUGCAGUGGCGGCAGGGACGGAUGUAAACAUUCCGGAGAGGAUUUGGCGACCGUGAUACUUGCCCGCUAAGCCCCGCAGCAAUGAUUCAUGAGCUGCUCUUGGCCCUGAGCGGGUAUCCGGGCAGCAUCUUUACAUGGAACAAGCGGACGGGCCUCCAGGUAUCACAAGAUCUGCCAUUUCUCCAUCCUGGUGAGACCAGUGUACUGAACCGUCUGUGCAAGCUAGGAACAGAUUAUAUUCGUUUCACAGAAUUUAUUGAACAAUACACAGGACAUGUUCAGCAACAGGAUCACCACCCUUCCCAGCUGGGACAGAUUGGUUUACAUGGAAUUUACCUGCGAGCUUUCUGCAGAGGUCUAGAUUCAAUCCUUCAGCCUUAUAGGCAAGCUUUAUUAGACUUGGAACAAGAGUUCUUGGCUGAUCCACAUCUUUCAAUUUCACAUAUUAACUACUCACUAGAUCAGUUCCAUCUCCUCUUUCCAUCAGUAAUGAUUGUGGUGGAACAGAUCAAGAGUCAAAAGAUUCACGGCUGCCAGAUGUUGGAAACUGUUUACAAACACAGUUGUGGGGGUCUUCCCCCAGUCCGCAGUGCACUUGAAAAGAUCCUGGCAGUAUGUCACGGCGUCAUGUACAAGCAGCUUUCAGCUUGGAUGCUCCAUGGACUUCUGUUAGACCAGUAUGAAGAGUUUUUUGUCAGACAAGGGCCAUCUUGUGGCAAUGCUUCGGCCCAGCCUGAGGAAGAUGAUGAUGACCUGGGUAUUGGGGGCUUAACUGGGAAGCAGCUACGCGAGUUGCAAGACUUGCGCUUAAUUGAGGAGGAGAACAUGCUGGCACCUUCUCUCAAGCAGUUUUCCUUGCGGGUUGAAAUGCUGCCGUCCUAUAUCCCUGUACGGGUUGCUGAGAAGAUAUUGUUUGUGGGAGAAUCUGUCCAGAUGUUUGAAAAUAAAACUUUAAAUAUGACAAGAACAGGUUCUAUACUGAAAAACCAGGAAGAUAUAUUUGCUGCAGAGUUACAUAGGUUGAAGCAGCAGCCUCUGUUUAGUUUGGUGGAUUUCGAGUCUGUACUUGAUAGGAUCAGAAGUACUGUGGCAGAGCACUUAUGGAAGCUCAUGGUAGAAGAGUCUGACUUAAUAGGCCAGUUAAAGGUUAUAAAAGAUUUCUACCUGCUGGGAAGAGGGGAAUUGUUUCAGGCCUUCAUAGAUACAGCAAAGCAGAUGCUGAAAACACCACCUACUGCUGUCACAGAACAUGAUGUCAAUGUAGCAUUCCAGUUAUCGGCCCAUAAGGUUUUACUCGAUGAUGACAACCUUCUCCCCCUCCUCCAUUUAACCAUUGAUUACCAUGGCAAGGAACAUAAAGACAUCUCUCAGCCAAGGGAAGGUCCAUCACGUGACACCUCUCCUAGAGACGCUCCUACUUCUGGUUGGGCUGCUCUUGGAUUGUCCUAUAAGGUGCAGUGGCCCCUGCAUAUUCUGUUCACACCAGCUGUAUUAGAAAAGUACAACGUAGUCUUUAAGUACUUGCUGAGUGUCCGCCGGGUACAGUCUGAGCUUCAGCAUUGCUGGGCUCUGCAGAUGCAAAGGAAACAUUUGGAAUCAAAUAGAACAGAUGCCAUCAAGUGGCGGCUGCAGAACCACAUGGCAUUUCUGGUGGACAAUCUUCAGUACUACUUGCAGGUAGAUGUAUUAGAAUCCCAGUUCUCCCAACUCUUACAGCAGAUCAACGCCACACGGGAUUUUGAGAGUAUCCGCUUGGCUCAUGACCAUUUUCUCAGCAAUCUUUUGGCUCAGUCCUUCAUUUUGCUAAAGCCUGUUUUCCAUUGUCUAAAUGAAAUCUUAGACUUGUGCCACAGCUUCUGUUCUCUAGUCAGCCAAAACUUGGGUCCCCUAGAUGAACGUGGGGCUGGCCAGCUAGAUAGCCUUGUUAAAGGGUUUAGUUGUCAGUCCUCAUUACUCUUCAGGAUACUCUCCAGUGUCCGGAACCAUCAGAUUAACUCUGACCUGGCUCAGCUGCUGUUGCGAUUGGACUAUAAUAAAUACUACACACAAGCAGGAGGCACAUUGGGAAGUUUUGGAUUAUGAACAGAAGACAAUGCUGUCAUGGAACCAAAAUCUACUUGAAGAUCAGAAAACAUUUGAGAUUUUUUAGAGACAAUAAAGGAGUGAUUCUUCUUUGGACAAACCUCCAGAUCAUACAACUUCACAUCUAGGAAACAUAUUUAUUGAGGAGUGAUGUGGGUGUGUGAAUAUAACGCUUAAUUGUAUAUUCAGAUUUAUAAUAAAUAUUAGUGUUCCCA